CACUGUGGCUCCGCGCCCUUGAACCAGAAUUGUGUCUCGCCAGGCGGCGAGCCGAGCCUGGGCCGCUGGAGGACCCUGUCCGGCCUCGCCGAGACUUGACUCUCAGACACUAGCACUCCUGCUACGCCGCCGCUGAGCGGAAACAGCGGGCAGUUCCGGCCAGAGGCGCCCCGGUCCGCAGCCAGAAUGCCUCCCACUCAGGCAGAAAGUGUUAUAAAGAAUAUCAUUCAAGAAAUAGUACAAGAAUGUGCAACUCAUGGAGAGGUUAUUUCUGAAACUCUGAUUGCUUUUAUGGUGAAAGCUGUUGUCCUGGAUCCAAGUAAUGGCUUUAACAUGGAUAGAACCCUCGUAAAAAGUGAUGUGCAGAAACUUGUUAAGCUUUGUGUGACUCGGCUAUUGGAUAGUAAAAAUCCAUCCCUGGACACCAUUAAGAUGCAAGUCUACUUUGAUUUGAAUUUUACACGUCGAGAUGAGUUUCUUGAAGAACAUCACCGGGUCCUAGAUUCUAGAAUAAGCUCUGUCAGCAGAGAAAUUACAGAUAACAGAGCAUGUACUAAGGAAGAGUUAGAAAGCCUCUACCGGAAGAUUGUCAGCUUUGUGUUACUGCGCUCCGGCCUGGGAUCCCCGACAGACAUCAAGAUUGUCAGAGAAGCAACAGCUGCCCUACAGAGUGUUUUUCCUCAGGCUGAGCUUGGGACAUUUCUAACUCUCUCUAAAAAGGACAAAGAACGCCAGCUGAAAGAACUUGCCAUGAUUGUUACUGGAAUUCGUUUAUUUAACAAAGACUGUGGAAAAGGAGGAGAAGGCAUUGAUGACUUGCCAGCUAUUCUACAUGAAGCAGUCCCAGCCACCACUCAGCAUAUUGAUUUCCAACUUGAGACUGCCCAGAACCUGGCAUACCGCUACACAGCCAUCCUUGAGAAAGCAGCAAAGAGCCCACUCAUGAGUAUUGAUCUUAAGCCAUAUAUGUUAAAAGAAGCACUAUAUAAUGUGCGACAAUACGAGGUCUUCCUUCACAUCAUUUUGUCUGAAAUAAUUACUUGUACUCAAGAAUUGGAAUUGGUGAUAAGUCAGUUACGAGCCCAACUGGAGCAAUUAAAACUGACUGUAAAAUCAAAGACAGCUGUCCCAACAUCACAGGUCUUUCCUAUUUUCAUUUCACUUGCCACUCUGUGGACUAGCCUUCAGGAUGAAACUAUUUUGAUUAGUGUCCUCAGUAGUUUAGCCACUCACCUUGAGCCAUUCCUGGGUGCUCAUGAACUACUCUUUCCUGAAAAAAUAAUACAAAAUCUUCUCAAUGGAAUAACUGUGAAAACUGAUGUGUGUAGAAUGAAAGAACACAUGGGAGAGAGAGUAUGUCCAUCGGAUUUCAGCAAACUAGAAUGGCUUUUCCCAGAAACCACAGCAAAUUUUGAUAAAUUGUUAAUUCAGUAUCGGGGAUUUUGUGCUUACACAUUUGCUACAACAAAUGGUCUUCUCCUUCCAGGAAAUCCAGCAAUUGGAAUUUUGAAACAUAAAGAAAAGUAUUACACUUUCAAUACUAGAGAUGCUGCACAUUCAUUUGCAGAAAAUCCUGACAUUUAUAUUGAUUCAGUUACAGAAAAGGCCAAAAAAAAUGUAGAAUUAAUUCAGUUACUGGAACUUCACCAACAAUUUGAAACACUCAUUCCAUAUUCUCAGAUGAGCGAAGUUGACAAACAUUAUAUAAAACCAAUUACAAAGUGUGAAAGAGGCUCACAGACUGAUACACACAUAUUGCCACCAACAAUUGUGAGAUCGUAUGAAUGGAAUGAAUGGGAAUUAAGAAGAAAAGCUAUACAAUUGGCCAAUUUGCGUCACAAAGUUACUCACUCAGCACAAACUGAUCUUAGUCACAUGAGAAGAGACAAUUAUUCUCAGGUGUACCUUUUAAAGGACUCUGGCACCCAGUCCCUGAGGGAAGGCAGCACCGGAGUGCCCAGGCCCCAGAUUUACUUAGCUGGUCUUCGAGGGAAAAAGAGCAGAAUCACUCAUGAGGUCAAGGUGAACUUAACUAGGGCUGUUGAUGAAACCUAGUUAGAGAUCACAUUUCUAAAGUAGAUGUUCCCCAAUUAUGAACAAUGGCAAUUACUUAAAAAUAUUUACAUCCAUGAAAAUUAACUUUGUGGGGUGGCACAUUUAUUGGUUGGGUGACUAUUUGUUUAUUGGAUUCCCAUAUGCUAUCGAACUGCUACAAAAAGCUAAAAGUUGUUUUCUAUAACAUAUUUUCAUUCUAUUAAAAUAGAAAAGUAAAACUGUCCAUUUGUCAUUUA